CUAGCUCCCACCCUAGUUGAAGACUCAUCAGUCAUCACCACUCUCCUCCCACCAUUGUUCUUUUCUAUCCCCUUACAACCCCCAAACUCCCUCGCAGAAGAAUGGUGCUAUGGUCAUAUCCACCAACGCCUAAGCAGCUCUCUCUCACUCUCUGCGGUGUCGUCGUCGGAGUCUCCUUCAUUUGCGCCGGCGCUUACCUUUCCUACGCCAACAUAGCCCCUCAACAAGCCCGCGCCAAGGCCCGCAGGGACUACGUCAAAUCCCGUCUCCGGCAGCUCCUCCAGGAUUAAAUUACCAUGUUCUUCUAUGCAUCUCUUAGAUUUCUGCUAUUCUUAGGAUUUCCCAACCUUCUUUAAAGUUUUAAUGCAACUGUUCCAGAAAGAUUGAAUAUUUGUUGUCAUUUCUGGAUUUCUCAUUGAAUUGUUCCACUUUGGAGAUUGAAGUUAAGGACUGUCUCUAUUUGGAACACAUUUGUGUUCUAUGUGUACCAGUAUUAUGGGCGAAGCUUAAAUCUUUGUUGUAUUGAGCGUUUUCCAGUUUGGGAGGAUUGUAUUAUAUGGAAGUCAUCCCACAAUCAAGUGUCCAAACAUCUCCUACGGUCAACCUUACACGUGCUUAUACUCUUGCUGUUCAAACCCCCUCCUUUGGUGAGAUAUGGACCAAGAUUCAUCUGGACACCCCUUCUGAACAGAAUGUUGACGUAACCGAAGUUAAUUUUGAGGAGCCCUUGCAAAUAGAGGGUGUACUCAAACCAAGCCAUUAUGAUGUAAAAGAAGCACUUUCUGAAAUUAGAGUUGACACCUUCACCCAAGUUGUCUCUGACUUCUUUUACCAGAGCGAGGAAACUGCCGGGAAAUGCCUGCUUCUUUCAGAAUGCAUGCACCAUGCUCGUCAUUUAUGUGACCCACUCCAAAGGCUUGCGGAUACCUUUCCAUUAGACAUUGACGUGGUGGCCAAUUACUCUCUUUGUCAAGACCAAUGUGAUACAGCAUUAGAAGUUUUUCGUCAAUUUGACGAGCUUGAUAAUCCAUUCCCCAGUGAAGAUUCCCACAGCAUUUUUAAAGAUAUGCACGAUUGCUACUUCCAGCUGAAGAAACAGAUUGACCUUUGGAUUGAAAACUCGCGCUCAAAGAUUCACCUUUCCCGUCAUGCCACUGCAAUAUGUUUUCUUGUAGCUGUUGUCGGAGUGGUCACUUGUGUUAUUCUGAUAGCUACUCCUGUCCUCAUUAUUCUGUUUGCGACCCCUAUUUGUCCUGCUUUUAUUCCUUUGAAGAUAACUAAAAAAGAAUCAGCCCAUCUAGUGCAGCUUGAUGAUGUCUCGAGGGAAACUUUUGUCCUCGAUAAUAACCUUGAAACCCUUGAUUGUCUGGUUGAUCCUUUGCAUAAUUCAGUGGAGGACUUCAAGCGUGAUGUUAGGUUUGUGCUUGAGAGAAGCAUGGACAAAUACAUCAUUCAGGAGGUUGUGAAGCAACUGCUAAGAAGGAAUAAGAGUUUUUUAGAGCAGCUUACUUGUCUUGAGGUGCACUUAUGUCUGUGCUUCACUGCAAUAAACCGAGCUAGAUCUAUCCUGCUCAAUUGUCUUCUUGUUCAUCAAAUUCAUUCUUCAUAGCAAGCUAUUCACACAUAAAUAUCCUCAAAUGUUGCAGUUCCACAACACAUGCUUGGUGCAGUAUAAGAGAGUAUGAGACACACCAAACCCAACUGCACGCUCAAAUAAGGCAAAGACGUGCCACAACAACAUCAAAAAAUGAUGGCUGCUUUGACCAGGAGAUGGCAUGUGACCCGAGGGGGGGGGGCGGGAAUCAAGAGCAUAAAGGGAAGGGUGACACUACGGGUGAAGACAAUUCCAGUCAGGUUCAAGCCGUUGGGUCAGGCAAGGUCCAUCUAAUCCUUAUAUUCCUCAAUGAACUUUGUAUACUAGUACUCCCUUUGUCCCAAUAUAUUCGUUCAGUUUGACUUUUUUGAGUCAAGCUGGAUGAACCUUAAUAAUCAAUUACUCUAAAUUUG